UCGCCUUCACAAUAAUACCGAUGACGGGUUUGUAAUUUGAUUUCUGAGAGGCUUUUCUUGAACAUGUAGUGAACUCUUAUCACCAGCGCGAUAUAGAUCAACCAAAAGGCGGCCAUGUUGUUACCGUCCGACGUCGCUCGGCUUGUUUUGGGAUACCUUCAAGAAGAGGGACUGUCCUCUACGAGCCAAGCUUUCAUUCAUGAGAGCCCAAACCUGAAGGAGUAUUUCGACCACACCACAGGAGAUGGGACCAUUCCUGCUUGUUUGUUUUCUGUCUUUGGUAAAGGCCUGACAACCAUCUUAAAUGAGUAUGUGGCCACCAGAACAAAAGAGUCUUGUCACGAGGUACCUGCCGUGAUGACUUCAUUGUGGAAAAAGCUGGAUUUUACACUCAACCAGAUCAAGUCACUGCAGAACUCUCCCAACACAUCAGCAUGCCAGAGAACUCGUUCGCGCAUUGGAGUGGCAAACAUGGCUAGACAGCGGGUCUUGACCGUGGCUUCAGCGGGUACUGUUGUCUGCUCAUCAGUUUCUGAAACAAGCUCCAUCGUCAGCCCUGCGCACAUCUCCCACAGCAUGCUCGGCCACUCCACCCCUGUGAGCUACACUGCCCCACACACCCGACCAGCUACUGGCAGUGACACACACCAGCAGAUCCAUGAUGUCAGGCUAAAUACGCCCAGGGAUUCACCUGCACAGAUAAUUGUCUCAGAACAUCGGCUAAAUCCAGGCCCAAUGUCUCCUGGACGACGGAAAUGGGACACCCCGAGAAAAAGAGGUGGUGCUGUGAGUGGGUCCAGUGGCCCUGGCAGAUGUGCCACGACUGCCAGUAACCUCAAUGCAGAACCUCAACCUGAGGAGGCAGUCGAUGAGAACUUUCCUAAACUUGUGAUACAGAAUGCACGUGACAAGAUAUUGGGUGACAGGUCGUUACAAGAGAAGCUUGCUGAAAACAUCAAUAAAAUCCUUGCCAGUGAUCCAGUGCCCCAAACGUCAAAAGCCUCUUCGAGUGCAGUGGAGGCAGACCAGUCUAUAGAUGAAAUCCUAGGAUUACAGGGGGAAAUCCACAUGAGUGACGAUGCAAUCCAUGAUAUUUUGGAGCAAACGGAGUCUGACCCAGCUUUUCAGGCCCUCUAUGACCUCUUCGAUUACAAUAAAACCAGAUUCAUUGAUGGAGAACCAGGGGAUGGAGAUAUUAGCAGUAAUCCAGAAGAGGCUGACGUUGCUGGACCUUCACCUGUAGUCAGACCCCUUCAGAGUGAUGAUCCAGGCACUACACACAGAGAUGCCAGUGCUUCAGAUACAACACCAGUGACUGUGAAAAUGAGAGCUGGACAAGAGCGUAAGACCAGGAAGUCUACCACCACCACCUUGUUAAAGAAGAAAGUUCUCGGCCCCAGUGGCAAAGCAUCCAGAAUUGAAAACAGUUCAGCCAGAUUGUUAGUGAGUCAUGGGGAGCACCGAGGUGUGUCAUCUGCUGCAGUGGACUCGAACAGAAAAGAAAAAGCCUCACUCUUCAAUAACAGUGUUUUUGUAACACCAAUGGAUAUUAAUGAACCGUUGAAUACGCCUCCCCCUCCUUUAAACAGUAUGGCCACCUUGGAGCCUGCUUUAAAGGACAGCACCUCCACCUCAACUAGCCUCAGCAAUUCAACCACAGUUCCCUCAUCAGGAGCCUCUGCUGUAUUUGCUGUGCCAGAUGCAGCACCAGCCUCGAAUAUGGACAAAAAACAGGAGCCUGAACAAACACAAGGAUUUAAAGAACAACUUGGUAUCGCCGCCUUAGUUCCGAGUAAUCAACCUACUUUUUUGUCUCCUGUACAAGUUGAACUGAACAAUACUCCAACACUGACUGCUGAUCUACCUCAUAUGUCAAUUUCAAGCGGUGUAGGAGACGCUCAACCAGUGUUCACUCUGUCAGUAACACCUGAAUCUGCCUCUUCCACGUCUGCUUCCACUGCCGCACCAUUCACAGCAACACCUUGCUCACCCACAUCUGCCUCUACCUCUGCAACACUUACAGCAACACCUGUCUCAUCCACACCCGACUCUCCCUCAUCCUCAUCCUCCUGUGCCCCUGUUGGUGCAGCACCUGAUCCUCCAUCCGCUAACCACACUGCCCCAAGCAAGGCCUCGGCUGAUUCCAAUAUAGUUUCUUUGAAGAUUAUCAUCAGUGAUAACCAGGAGGAAUCCUCCUGCGACCCCGCCCCUCAGGCAAUUUCUAGCAUUUCCAGAGACAAGAUCCCCACCAUAUAUCUCUCCUCUCCAGCUAAGUCCCCUGGAGGCCCUGGCGCACCAAAGGCUAAUUUGGAUGAGGCAGCACAGGCAGUUAGUGGCUUGCAAAGCUCUGAGGUACAUGCUAGUCCUCUCGGCAGUAAGGCUGGGGCUGUCAUGGCAUCCCCAUUAAUAGGGGCAUCUCAGCUCCAGCAAAACUACAUCAUUCAACUCCCCCUGGACACCACUACACCUGCUGUCCAAGGAGCCACUGCCAGCUACUUCCUUGUGACUGAACCUCCAACUACAGAUGCUCAAACCAGACAGGUGCUGCUGUCUGCUGGUGUCUCAAAGGGUCAGCCUUUGCCCAACAAACAUGGGGUCACCACACCAACUCACAGUCAAGGCUACUCCACAGGGUCGGCACUCAUCUUACCAUCACCUCUUAAGUCCAUGAUGCUUCCUGUUUCUGUUGUGGGACAGAACACUCUGGGGAAGGUCCAGAUGGUGUCCAAUCAGCUUGUUGCCAUACCAAACACAGUACCAGUACAGCAGUCAGAAACUGUGAAGCCCAAAUCUCCCUCAGUGGCGAUCAAAUGGUCUACGACUGAUGGCACUGAGCAACAUCUUGCUAGUAAGUUAGUUCAACCUGUGUCGGCUGAAAACACAGGCCAGCAGGAUUCAGCAAAGGCUCCUAGGCAUAGGAGGAUUUUAUGUUUUGAAACUCCUUCAGAAGUUCAACCACAAACUGCUAAAACAACAGGAACCACCUCAUCUCCAGCUACGUCAGGAACUGUCCUGCAGACUGAGAAAGAUAAUAUGCAGCCGGCUACUCGAACAAAGCCUACUAUCUUGGGUGGCAACAAGGCCAAGAGGAGGGUACAGACUGUCAGAUGCUCAGCAGAGCCCCAGACUGAGGGAGGCUUUGUGAAGAAGGCAGAGAAGCCCAUGCCUCCACAACAGCACCAGAAAGAUCCUGUUAAAAGGAACUCUCGCAAACAAGACCAUAGCAUCCAUAGCCAAGAGCCUGCACAGAGUGCAAGUGCCAGCAGGGGUGAUGCCUCAAAACCUGAGGCUUUGAAAAAGUCAGAAUCAGGAAAGAGAUCAAAAUCUGCUGACAGGAAGCACAGUCAGGAUAAGGAUGGUGAUGGAGCAAAAGCUAAGGAUUCUCAUAGUUCCAGCUCAUUGCCCUCUGAUUCUGCACUGAAAUCAGGAACUAGAAAGGAAAAAGAGGAAACCAGCAGGAAAGAACUUGCAGAAAAAGCUCCUGCUAAGUCGUGUGAGGGGCGUACAGAAAAGAGGACUCCCUCUCAGGAGAUGCCAAACGUGACAGCCAACAAGGAGAAUGAAAUUAAAGGUAGCAUGCAAGAACAGCAACAACAGUUAACCCCCUCAUCCUCAGCAUCAAGAGACUUCAGCCCUCCAGCUGUCACCCAGCCUACAUCUAAUCCUCAGUCCCAGGCUACAAAAGCCCCCUCAAAGACCAUCUCUCUAGCCAAACAGGCAGCUGUGAUGCUGCAUGACAUCCACGGCCUCAACUCUCCUUCCACCCCAGUCAAGAGACCUGGAGCAGCCAGUUCAGACAUUUGUCUUUCCCGUACCUCUGGGUCUGGCUGUAACCAGGACGAGUCCGCUGACUGCCCCAGGACUCCUUCUCGACAGAAGAAGGGCAAAGAUGGAGAGGGGACUCCCAAGCAGCUAAUGCCCCCCAACACCCCAGAUGUCCCCACCUGCAGUCCAGCCAGUGAGGCUGGCAGUGAAAACAGCAUUAACAUGGCUGCCCACACACUCAUGAUUCUUUCUCGCGCUGCUAUUGCCAGGACCGGCACUCCCCUCAAAGACAGUUUGCGUCAGGAGGGAGUAGGAGAAAAGUUGCCCACAAGCUCAAAGAACUCCAAGAAACGUAAACCAUCUUCUCCCACAGCCAGCCCACCUGCAAAGAAAGACCGGGAGAAGAAGAAACUUGUUGAUUGCUUUCCCCAUGACCUGGAUGUGGAUAAGUUCCUGUCUUCACUUCACUAUGAUGAAUGAAACCGGACACACCAACAGGAAAGGACUACCAUAUCACUACCUGCUUAGGUUACUAUCCAGGAAUAGAACAAGCCAUCUGCUAAACCAGUGCCUAAGGUUCCUAUUAGUAACUUUGCCUGAGACCUUUUAAGCUGUAAUGUCUCCUUCAGCCAAUGAGGGACUUUGAUUUGAUUGUCUAGUUUCCACUGUGGGUGAUCUGCAAAAACCCUGUUAGAUGCCGCAGCAGUAGGGCAACCAUGGCACUUUGUUAUGUUUUGUUUUUUUCAUUCUCAUGCUCACUUCUGAUUUAGGUUGUUAUGUUAAAGUACAUUUUGGAAUAUUUCAACCAGUCAUUUUAGUAAUACGUAAUGAAUGGGGAGUGCUCAUUGAUGGAAGUCAGGUUAAUUGAAACAGUAAUUGUUUUUGUUUUUUUCACUCUGUGUGAAAAUGCAUACACCUGUUCAACUGUGCAUAUUCAGGCCUAAUUCAGUGUUGAAAUAAAACAAAGAAACAG